UUAUCCUCCUCUCUUUUUUGCCUGUAAAUAUCCACCAGUUUCCAGUACCAAAUUCGAGCACCAAACUCAAGCAAGCAAAGCAACUAAUCAAUGGCGGAAACCCACCCAAACCCAAACCCAAACCCAAACCCAAACCCGAACCCAAACCCACCUCCCAUAACCAGCACCUGCCACAUAGUAGCGAUCCCAUACCCAGGCAGAGGUCACAUAAACCCAAUGCUGAACCUCUGCAAACAAAUACUCUCCCUCAAACCACACUUUUUCAUCACCUUCAUAGUCACUCAAGAAUGGCACAGCUUCCUCAGCUCAUACAAAAAGCCGCCCAACGUCCGUUUCCGAACCAUCCCGAACGUAAUACCAUCCGAACUCGGUCGGGCUAACGACUUUCCCGGGUUCUUGGAAGCUGUUGCUACGAAUAUGGAAGAACCCUUUGAGAAAAUUCUUGAUGAGCUUGGUUUGAGUGUGGAUGUUAUUGUGGCGGAUACUUAUUUGGAUUGGGUGGUUCGAGUCGGGAACCGGAGGAGUGUUCGUGUUGCUUCUUUUUGGACUAUGUCUGCUACAGUUUUAUCUGUUUUUCUUCACUUUGAUCUUCUCCAACAAAAUGGGCAUUUUCCUGUAGAGUUAUCAGAACGAGGAGAAGAAGUUGUGGACUACAUCCCAGGAGUUCCUCCAAUGCGCCUACUAGAUCUUCCAACAGUUUUUCACGGAAUUGGCCGACAAGUACUUCCCCGAGUCCUGGAACCUGCUUCAACCGUGUCAAAAGCUCAGUACCUUUUAUUCACUUCUGUAUACGAGCUUGAAGCUGGAGUCGUUGAUGCGUUAAGGCUGAAGUUCCCCUUUCCCGUCUACUCUUUAGGCCCUAGCAUACCUUAUUUUGAAUUGAAAGAUAACUCGUGUUUGACUACUCGUGAUCAGAAUGAUGAUGUACCUGACUACCUGAAAUGGCUUAACUCCCAACCCGAAAAGUCAGUGUUGUAUGUUUCAAUGGGAAGCUUUCUUUCAAUUUCUAGUGCCCAAAUGAAAGAAAUUGUUUCUGGAGUGUGUGGUAGUGGUGUUCGGUUCCUCUGGGUGUCUCGUGGAGACACGACUCUCUUUAAAGAUGUUAAUGAUAAUACGGGACUAAUAGUUCCUUGGUGCGAUCAAUUGAGAGUAUUAAGUCAUCCUUCGAUUGGCGGUUUUUGGACACAUUGCGGCUGGAAUUCAACUAUGGAAGCUGUGUUUUGUGGCGUUCCAAUGCUUACGUCGCCUAUAUUUUGGGAUCAAAUUCCGAAUAGUAAGAAGAUUGUGGAAGAUUGGAAUAUCGGGUGGAGAGUAAAACGAGGGGGUGAUCUUGAAAGCUUGAUAACACGAGAAGAAGUCGCGAAACUUGUAAAGAGUUUUAUGGAACUAGAAAAUGAUGAGGUCAAACUAAUGAGGAAGAAUGCUAAAGAACUUCAAGAGGCUUGUCAAGCAGCAAUUGCAGGAGGUGGAUCAUCGCAUACCAACCUUGAAUCUUUCAUAAGAGAUAUUUUGCAAGGCAAAGCUAAGUGAACAACUUGAUUUCAAUGAAUUCUUAUUAAGAAUUGCACAUUAUUUGUUGCAUUAGAUGAUCUAAGUUUGUGACUAUGUUCCCCGUAAGUUUAGCGUAAUUGUAUUGUUCAA